AUUUAUUUUUGCGACUGGCAGGAAACCACGUUGGUCCGAUAUCCAAUUUUCGCCUGGAAAGUCUCCUCCCAACUGCUAGUCAGAGGCCGUCAGCUUCCUCUGAAGCGCUUGGCUGUCCAUAAGCUGCUAAAUGUUUCUUUUAUUCCUUUAUGUAUCCUACAGACAAGCAGGAAAAUAGAUAUUAUUCGAGGACAGAAGUAUCACGGUGGAGUUGAAAGGUCGAGAUCCUUCUGUCGGAUCUGCGUCUGCACUGUGGCACAUUUGUUCAGUGUUUUAGCUCCAGAAGCUAGCGGUUGACGAGACUGGAAGCAUCGGCACGAGCUGAUUUGACUUUGCUCCUAUGGAUCGCAAGAGAAUGAGCAUCUAAUCAACACUUGGUAUCAUGGCCCUACUCUCGCCUUGACCUCUUGGUUCACCCAGGAUCCAAAAUGAGCGUAAGCAGUGAUGAGGUCAAUUUCCUGGUCUACAGAUACCUGCAGGAGUCAGGCUUCUCCCACUCAGCGUUCACCUUUGGCAUAGAGAGCCACAUCAGCCAGUCCAACAUCAACGGCGCUCUAGUGCCCCCUGCUGCCCUCAUCUCCAUCAUCCAGAAAGGCCUGCAGUAUGUGGAGGCUGAAGUCAGCAUCAAUGAGGACGGUACUCUGUUUGAUGGACGACCGAUCGAGUCGCUGUCAUUAAUCGAUGCAGUGAUGCCAGACGUGGUGCAGACGAGGCAGCAGGUGUAUAAGGAUAAACUGGCUCAGCAGCAAGCUGCCGCCGCCUCCAGCACCACAGCAGCCAAGAAUGGAGAGAACACAGCUAAUGGAGAGGAGAACGGAUCUCACACGCUGUCUAAUCACCACUCCGACAUGAUGGAGGUGGACAGGGCAGUGGAGAUCCCAGCCAGUAAAGCCAUGGUGCUGCGGGGCCAUGAGUCUGAGGUCUUCAUCUGUGCUUGGAACCCUGUCAGCGAUCUGCUGGCAUCUGGCUCUGGAGACUCAACCGCACGGAUCUGGAACCUGAGUGAGAGCAGUGCGGGAGGAUCCACUCAGCUGGUGCUGCGGCACUGCAUUCGGGAGGGGGGGCAGGAUGUACCCAGUAACAAAGACGUCACCUCACUGGACUGGAAUAGUGAAGGUACACUUCUCGCCACAGGAUCCUAUGACGGCUUUGCCAGGAUAUGGACUAAAGAUGGUAAUCUUGCCAGUACACUGGGGCAGCACAAAGGUCCCAUAUUUGCUUUAAAGUGGAACAAGAAAGGGAAUUUUAUCCUCAGCGCUGGUGUUGAUAAGACCACCAUUAUUUGGGACGCACACACAGGAGAGGCCAAACAGCAGUUUCCAUUCCAUUCAGCUCCGGCUCUGGACGUGGACUGGCAGAGCAACAACACGUUUGCAUCCUGCAGCACAGACAUGUGCAUUCACGUGUGUAAACUGGGCCAGGACAGACCAGUCAAAACAUUCCAGGGCCACACAAAUGAAGUCAAUGCAAUCAAAUGGGAUCCAACAGGAAAUCUCUUGGCCUCCUGCUCUGAUGACAUGACCCUAAAGCUUUGGAGCAUGAAACAGGACACUUGUGUUCAUGACCUGCAAGCCCACAGUAAGGAGAUCUACACCAUCAAAUGGAGCCCAACUGGCCCUGGAACCAACAACCCCAAUGCCAACCUCAUGCUGGCCAGUGCGUCGUUUGAUUCAACGGUGCGUCUGUGGGACGCAGAGCGUGGCGCCUGCAUCCACACACUGACCAAACACCAGGAGCCCGUCUACAGCGUGGCAUUCAGCCCAGAUGGGCGGCACCUGGCCAGCGGUUCCUUCGACAAGUGUGUCCAUAUCUGGAACACACAGAGUGGUGCUUUAGUCAACAGCUACAGAGGGACGGGGGGGAUUUUUGAAGUAUGCUGGAACUCCACUGGAGACAAAGUGGGCGCAAGUGCAUCAGAUGGAUCGGUUUGUGUAUUAGACCUAAGGAAAUGACACUGCCGCUGGAAAGCCACGGAACGACUAUGAAUGUGUGCAUAGCCAAAUUUACUGACUGUCCCUGGCCCAUCAUCCACUGCUGUAGUCCACGCGUGAGGUGCCAGACCACAUCCCAGAGCAACGGUGACACGACACAAACGAAAUCAGUGUGCCAGAGAACUGUUAUACACGGACACAAUGGACACAAGAGAAAUACACCACAUAUGCACACACACCUCAUUAGUUCCUGUGUUCAUCAUUCCAAACCCAGAGGGUCACGGUCCACACCGCUGUCGUGCACAUAUUGCACACGUCAGCGCUUCAGUGACGGUUUAGUUGUAACUGCAUGAGUUUUAGAGCAGAGCAGUUGAAUACGGCCAACUCGUGGCCACGUGAUAUUGUCAAUUCAGAGUAUUGGCACUGUAUGUUUAGUGGCUCUGCGACUUUUGGAACUGUUCUCCAAAAAUGCUCAAGGAUUUUUUUUUUUUUUUUGCCAAACUUUGAGAAAUAAUUUGAGCUUUUUUUUUUUUUCCUUUUUCUUUUUUAAUACAGAGUUAUAAGAGUACAGAAAUCCUAUUAAAUUACUCAACUAUAUUUUCUAAAA